AUGGCAGGGAUUGCGCGUGCUCGUGAGGCUGAAAGUCGAUCUUCGUCGCCCGAAUCCUCUUCAGAUAAGGAGAACCGCCAGAACUCCUCAAGACCUCGCAAGAGGGCCCAGACUCAGACCAUGGCAUCGUCAGGCGCCAACGCAAAACGCCACCGACUGGCUCAGCGAGCAUCCAACAUCCAGGGAAGCCAAUCUCAGGUGUCCCAGUCUCAGCGAUCGGACAAGGAUAAGAGGUACUACGAUCCAGAUCAGGAUGAGAAUGAGAGAAGGCGCAUUCGCAGGGAACUUCGAGAGUUGCAUCGAGAAUUAAAUGACUGCAGGAACGAGUACAUGCAAGCGGGGAAUAUCGGAAUUCGAGAGACCAUCGAAAAGGCCAAUGAGAUCUUCCAAAACGUCAAGCAAACCUCGGAUGCGACUAUCGACUCUCGUCUCCUCGUCACUGCCGCAGAUCUGGGGUAUAAGAAAGCAGCACAGUUCACCUUGGGAGAUGCGUCCGCGGGUAUCGAUGUCGACGAGUUCGUCUCCAAGUGUAUUUCGUUUAUGCGCCGCGGCCCAAGUGAUCCAGACGCCGCGAUAUCUAGCACGCAACGUCGACGGCCCCGGCCUUCCGGCCGCAGUCAAGCAGACCCGGACGAGAGCGAUGAUGAGACCGGGGACGCAAUGAACUGGGAUUGGCUGGGGCGGGCUGCUUGCUUGCGCCAUAACUCCCGGCCUCCAGUUUCUGGUUUUCUUCUGGGGCCGUUGUCGGUACAGAAGCGCACCCGUCUAGUGACACAACGACGAGCGAGGGAACGCAUUGACCCAUCGCAGGCAGUUCGACCACAGGAGCUCCAGGAGAAGGAUCUCGACAGGCAGGAGACGUCGAACCUCACGACCAUGUGCGCCAAUAUAAACAAAUUGCUCGCGGAAACGGUAACUCAUGGCCAGAAUACUGUGGAUAGAUUACUCUCGCAGAUGGAGGAGGAGCCUACGGAGGAGCUUGUCCAGGAAGUCAUGGCCAAGUAUCAUGUUGCUGAUGACGGAGGAGUACCUCUUUUUCACUUUUGCAUAAACCCAAGGUCGUUUGGGCAAAGUGUGGAGAAUUUGUUCUAUGUCAGCUUCUUGGUACGAGAUGGGACUGUUGGAUUAUCAACCGACAGUCGGCAGUUACCCACUCUACAUCCCUCGAAACCGUAUGCCCCGAGUGAGGCCCAGAAAAAGGGGGUCCAGAAACACCAGGCUAUCUUUAGUCUCGAUUUUGAAACAUGGCGCCAGCUCAUUGAUGUAUAUGAUAUCAAGGAGUCUAUAAUCAAGCAUCGCCCCGAAGAGCCGUCACAGUCGACGGGCGGUGGUUGGUACAGUUGA